AUGCUGCGAGUCGGCCGUCCGGCUGCGUCGGUUCUGCGGUGCGUUGAGCCACAAUCCCAAUGUCGGAACUCAGUUCUACAACGCGUGCCUGCUGCGAAGCUGUUUCAUAGUUCCACGAGGACAUCCGACAAGCAAGAAGAUGCGUCAAGAUCAUUUCGCGGACAGCUAUACGAAAGCACCGCAGACAGAUUGAAGCGCGAGAGACAAGAACAGGCAGAGUACAUCAAAGCGUCGAGUGAGCGCAAAGGAGAGCCGCGAGCCCUGGCUUUGAGCGUUGUCAUUCUGUCUGUUGCUGGCGGUGCAUACUGGCUGGGUUCAAGAGGUGAAAAGGCCCUCGACACCACCUCAACAACACCUCUCUCUCGAGCGCAACCUCCCCAGCACGAUACACGAGACUCCGUCCUACAAGCCGCUUGGGUUGAUUUUGCUCAGAUUGUGGGUAAAGAGAAUGUGUCAACGACACCGGAUGAUUUGCUUUCGCAUUCUGGGUCAGAAUGGUCUUCAUAUACCACGAAGCCGAACGAGAAACCUUUCGCAAUCGUGUACCCUGCUACCACCGAGGAGGUUUCUCAGAUUAUGAAAGUAUGCCAUAAACGACGCAUCCCCGUCACCGCGUUAUCCGGGGGUACAAGCCUGGAGGGGCAUUUCGCCCCUACAAGAGGUGGUAUCUGUAUUGACAUGAGCCGCAUGGACAAGAUUCUACAAUUCCAUCCCAAAGAUCUGGACAUCGUUGUACAGCCGGCCCUGGGCUGGGAAGAUCUCAACGAAUACCUUGGUGAUUCCGGAAUGUUCUUUCCUCCUGAUCCCGGCCCAGGUGCGAAGAUUGGAGGCAUGGUGGGAACCGGCUGCUCAGGCACAAAUGCGUAUAGAUAUGGUACCAUGCGAGAUUGGGUGGUGUCACUGACGGUGGUACUCGCCGACGGAACCAUCAUCAAGACGAGACGUCGGCCCCGGAAAUCUAGUGCUGGCUACAAUCUGACCCAGCUAUUCAUCGGCAGCGAAGGCACUCUUGGUAUCGUCACGGAAGCUACCUUGAAGGUGACUGUUCUUCCCAAGAAACAAUCUGUUGCGGUUGCUACCUUUCCAACAAUUCAUGCUGCAGCCGAAUGUGUUGCCAAAGUGGUCGGCGAAGGUAUACUCCUCGCUGGGAUGGAGAUUCUGGACGACGUUCAGAUGAGGUGCAUCAACAAGAGCGGCAUGACAUCGAAAAAAUGGCAGGAAGCUCCCACUCUGUUCUUCAAGUUUGCUGGCAGCCCCGAUGGUGUCAAAGAACAGAUCAACAUCGUACGAAACCUGGCCAAAGGCAGCCAGAACAAGAGCUUUGAAUUUGCGAAGAACGACGAGGAAGCUGCGGAACUCUGGAGUGCGCGGAAGGAAGCACUUUGGAGUGUAAUAGCCAUCAAAGAAAAUCCCAGUGAUCAUGUCUGGACCACUGACGUGGCUGUGCCUAUUAGCAGAUUGGCCGAUAUCAUACAAGAAACCCAUGACGACGUCGCGAAGAGUGGAUUGAUAGGAGGUAUCUGCGGGCAUGUUGGUGACGGAAACUUCCACACUAUCCUGCUGUACAGCGACUCGCAGAAGCAGAUCGCUUCAGACGUCGUGCACCGUAUGAUCCAACGAGCAAUUGAGAUGGAUGGGACGGUCACUGGAGAGCACGGUGUCGGCUUGAAGAAGCGAGAUUACAUCCGUGAAGAACUUGGUGAGGACACGGUUGAUGCCAUGCGCAAGCUCAAACAAGCGUAUGAUCCUCUGGGAAUUCUGAACUGUGACAAGAUUGUGCAGUUGGAGGCUGGGCAUUGA